AUGGUUGCUGCAAUGUUUUCACUGACUAGAAGAAGAGCUGCUGCUGCUGUUGCUGCCGCCGCCACGGCGUCCGGGGCAGCGUACUGGGUGGCGUCGCAGGGCGAAGGGCCCCUGGUACACAAUGACCCGAGUUAUAUGGUGCAAUUCCCCACUGCGGCUCCGCCGCAGGUGGGCAGGCGGGACCUGCUGGACCGGCUGGGCAAGACGCACCAGUUCGACGUGCUGAUCAUCGGUGGCGGGGCCACCGGGACCGGGUGUGCCCUCGAUGCGGCCACCAGGGGCCUCAACGUGGCGCUGGUGGAGAAGGGCGACUUUGCGUCGGGCACGUCGUCCAAGUCCACCAAGAUGAUUCACGGCGGCGUGCGGUACCUGGAGAAGGCGUUCUGGGAGUUCUCCAAGGCGCAGCUGGACCUGGUGAUCGAGGCGCUCAACGAGCGCAAACACCUCAUCAACACCGCGCCGCAUCUGUGCACGGUGUUGCCCAUCCUUAUCCCCAUCUACAACACGUGGCAGGUGCCGUACAUCUACGCCGGGUGCAAGUUCUACGACUUCUUCGCGGGCAAGCAGAACCUGAAGAGCUCGUAUCUGCUGUCCAAGGCCGCGACCGUGGAGAAGGCGCCCAUGCUGACCACGGACAACCUGAAGGCGUCGCUCGUGUACCACGACGGGUCGUUCAACGACUCGCGGUUGAACGCGACUUUGGCCAUCACGGCCAUCGAGAACGGCGCCACGGUGCUGAACUACGUCGAGGUCCAGAAACUGAUCAAGGACCCGGCUUCGGGCAAGGUCGUGGGCGCCGAGGCGCGCGAUGUCGAGACCAACGAGCUCGUCAGGAUCAACGCCAAGUGCGUGGUCAACGCCACGGGGCCCUACAGUGACGCCAUCCUGCAGAUGGACCGCAACCCCUCGGGCCAGCCCAACUCGCCCUUGAACGACAAUUCCAAGAUCAAGUCCGCGUUCAACCAGGUCGCCGUGAUGGACCCGGAGAUGGUCAUCCCCUCCAUCGGCGUCCACAUCGUCCUGCCCUCGUUUUACUGCCCAAAGGACAUGGGCCUGCUUGACGUCAGGACUUCUGACGGCAGAGUGAUGUUUUUCUUGCCCUGGCAGGGCAAAGUCCUGGCGGGCACCACCGACAUCCCCUUGAAACAGGUCCCGGAAAACCCCAUGCCCACUGAAGCAGACAUCCAGGACAUCUUGAAAGAACUGCAACACUACAUCGAGUUCCCCGUCAAACGUGAAGACGUCCUUAGCGCCUGGGCGGGUGUCAGACCCUUGGUCAGAGACCCGCGGACAAUCCCCGCCGGCGGCAAAAAGGGCUCUGCCACUCAGGGCGUGGUCAGAUCCCACUUCCUGUUCACUUCCGACAACGGCCUGAUCACCAUUGCCGGUGGUAAAUGGACCACUUAUAGACAGAUGGCCGAAGAAACCGUCGACAAAGUCGUCGAGGUCGGCGGGUUCCACAACUUGAAACCUUGCCACACAAGGGACAUCAAGCUGGCCGGAGCAGAGGAAUGGACGCAGAACUACGUGGCCCUUUUGGCCCAGAACUACCACUUGUCUUCCAAAAUGUCCAACUACCUGGUCGAAAACUACGGGACCCGGUCCUCCAUCAUUUGCGAGUUUUUCAAAGAAUCCAUGGAAAACAAACUGCCCCUGUCCCUAGCCGAUAAGGAAAAUAACACCAUCUAUUCCAACGAGGAAAACAACUUGGUCAAUUUCGACACUUUCAGGUAUCCCUUCACCAUUGGUGAGUUGAAAUACUCGAUGCAAUACGAAUACUGCAGAACCCCCUUGGACUUCCUCUUGAGAAGAACAAGGUUCGCUUUCUUGGACGCCAAGGAAGCUUUGAACUCUGUCCAUGCCACCGUUAAAGUUAUGGGCGAUGAGUUCAACUGGUCGGAUAAGAAAAGACAAUGGGAACUCGAAAAAACCGUUAACUUUAUCAAGACAUUCGGUGUUUAA